CAAAUAAAACAUAUCACCUCCGUUUUCUCUGUCAACCACCCCAGAGACUUUGGAAUCACCCUUUCAUCUUUUCCUCAUAGAAUCACUUCCCAGUGUUGCACGGCUCCCCACGGUGAAGCUCGAACCAGAAGAUUCGACCCUUCGCGCUCCUCAUUAGAUCUUUUAUUACGAUCCUAUAAAUACCCAAUACCCCGCCAUCCCCCUCCUUUCUCCGGUAAUCGACACAAUCUACAACUAUGGUGAAAGACACAAAGUUCUACGAGAUCCUCGGGGUCUCCCCAGAUGCGACUGAGGCUCAGCUUAAGUCUGCAUAUAAGAAGGGUGCGCUCAAGCAUCAUCCAGACAAGAACGCACACAACCCCGAAGCCGCAGAGAAGUUUAAGGACCUGUCACACGCGUACGAGGUCCUCUCCGACAGCGAUAAGAGACAGAUCUACGACCAAUAUGGUGAGGAGGGUCUCGAGCAGGGCGGUAUGGGCGGCGGCGGCAUGGCUGCCGAGGAUCUGUUCGCACAGUUCUUUGGCGGCGGCGGCGGCCCCUUCGGAGGCAUGUUCGGCGGCGGCGGUGGUGGUAUGAGGGAGACCGGCCCCAAGAAGGCGCGUACGAUCUCUCACGUCCACAAGGUGUCGCUUGAGGACAUUUACCGCGGAAAGGUUUCCAAGCUUGCUCUCCAGAAAUCCGUCAUCUGCCCCAAGUGCGACGGUCGCGGAGGAAAGGAGGGUGCGGUCAAGAAGUGCACAGGAUGUGAUGGUCGCGGUAUGAAGCACAUGAUGCGCCAGAUGGGUCCUAUGAUCCAGCGAUUCCAGACCGUCUGCCCCGACUGCCAGGGCGAGGGAGAGAUCAUCCGCGACAAGGACCGAUGCAAGCAGUGCAAUGGAAAGAAGACCAUCAUCGAGAGGAAGGUCCUCCACGUCCAUGUCGACCGUGGUGUUAAGAGCGGCCACAAGAUCGAGUUCCGCGGCGAGGGUGAUCAGCUUCCUGGCGUCGAGCCUGGUGAUGUCGUGUUCGAGAUUGAGCAGAAGCCCCACGCUAGGUUCCAGCGCAAGGAUGACGACUUGUUCUACCACGCUGAAAUCGAUCUCUUGACUGCCCUUGCCGGUGGCCAGAUCCACAUCGAGCAUCUCGACGAGAGGUGGUUGACCGUCGACAUCAUCCCCGGAGAGUGCAUCAGCCAAGGCGAAGUCAAGGUCAUCCGCAACCAGGGUAUGCCUUCAUACCGACACCACGACCACGGCAACCUGUACAUCCAAUUCGACGUCAAGUUCCCCGAGCGAUUGACCGGACCCGAUGGUGGCAACAUCACCCCCGAGCAGAUCAAGGCCUUGGAGAGCGUCCUCCCCCCUCGUGCGCCUCAAGCCUCUCUUCCUCCACCAGACGCCAUGACUGAGGACUUCACCCUCGAGGAUGUUGACCCAACAAGAGAGCAGGCCCGCGCCCGUGGAAUGGCCAUGGACGAGGAUGACGAUGACAUGCACCCCGGUGCCGAGCGCGUCCAGUGCGCGUCGCAGUAAAUGCAUAACGAAGACAUUGCGGGAUGAUUAAUGGCAUACACGAUGAGGGUGGGCGGGAAUUCAGCGUCAGCGUGCGGAGCGGAUUCGACACAACCGGUCUGGGCACGAAAUACGAACUAGCAUUGGGGUCGGGUGUUCAGAGAGCGCGAGCGACGAAGCCUCUAUUGGGCUUCGGAAGCUAACGUUCGGAUUUUCGGGCAGCACUUCGAGUGCUUUCUUUCAGUCUCAAGAAUUUCGAAUCCGCUGCUCUCUGUUAGGAGUACACAACACCUGCGUUUCCCUUAUCAUACCCCUUCCUUCCCUGUUUUUGCUUGCUUUUUUGGUUCCUAGUUCCAUCUAUCAUCCAUCUUUUUUCCCCCUCGAGCUUUCUUAUAGACCAUGGCGGGCUUCUUCUUCUUCUUUCAGGACUGGCUAAAGACCCGCCUUUUC